UCAUUGUCCCGCGUGUCUCCCCUCAGGACCUCGGCUGGACAUGGACCCCGACAUCGUGGCCGCUCUCGACGAAGACUUUGACUACGACGACCCCGAUAACCUGCUGGACGAUGACUUCAUCGUCAAAGCAAACACUGCGAGCGGAGCGCAGGACGCAGAAGGUGACGAAGAUGAAGAUGAUGAUGAUGAUGAGUGGGAGGACACAGACUCUGAGGGCGACUUUGACUCUGAGGGCGGGUUUUCGGGCGAUGAGGACAUGGGCGGCCGCACUCGAGAGUUUCUGUUUAUGGACGAGGAGACGAAGAGUCGGUUCACAGAGUACUCGAUGACGUCGUCGGUGAUGAGGAGGAACGAGCAGCUCACCCUGCUGGACGACCGCUUCGAAAAGGUGAACGCUUUUAUUAAAAACACAUUUUCAUAA